AUGGAUUUGACUUGCGUGUCUACGAUACGGGUUUCUCCGUUUGUUGUUGGCGUUCUUCGCUGUCUAUUUCUUUACAGAGCUUUCCGAUCAACUCUUCGAAAUUCCUCCAUUGUGUGUUUUUGCCACUCCAACGGUUGCAUUUUCUUCACUUUUCCCAUCGUAUAUCCACAUAUAAUGGGUGGUGACAGUUCCCCUGAGUACAAGACUCCCCCGGAAAGGGUUUUCGAAGCAUAUAGCGCGGCUAGUGCAGCAAAUACAACAGCUGAUGCAGCAAUCCAAUGUCGUGUACCAGGGGAAAGUGCUGAUACAACACUUCAAAGGGCUCGUGCAGCCAUACAAAUUGCCGAGGAAGACAGGCUACGGGCUCAGGAAAAGGCGAAGGAAGCACGGAAAGAAGGGGAACGGUUAAUAGAGGAAUUGGAGGCGGAGAGGGAACGGUUAAGAGAGGAAUUGGAGGUGGAGAGGGAACGAUCGAGACGUACGACAUUUGGAGAACUCCUUCAAUACUGCCACAUCAUAUUUUCACAACCCGUUAGAGUCGAAAAUCUUACUCGCUGCACAAAGGGAAAGAUUCCGCAGCCCAGAGGAAAAUACUGCCCCUUGAAGCUCGAGCUUUGGGAAAACUGUGACACCGAGCAACAGGAGAUCUACCGGGCUGUUCUUAACUACUUUGAGCCGCCAGGAAGUGCUGCGUUAAGACUCUUCACACCUCAUCUUGGUUUAGAAAGCAUGGGCGAAUAUUUUGACAGGCCAAUAAGCAGUGAACGAGAUGUGGCAGCUCUUGAACAGUUUACCGUGGAGAGCCAAGUCCAGAAGAUACUUGCGGAGCUCUGCAAUAUACCGGCUGCAAGAGAUAAAUUUCAAUUGGGCAGUGGAGUUCGGUUCGACAGUCAUGCGAAUUGUCUUGAUGAUGUCGAAGCCGACAAAGAGCAAGACCGGACAGCGGAGAAGCAUUAUAUUGCCAGAAUCCGAGACCAGACCAGUAUUGCAUCCACCAAGUCGACGGUGACAAUGACAACCUGA